AUGGCGUUCCGAUUCAGGCCAACCACAUCACAUCGACCCUGCAAGCCUCAAAACGCCAAAAAGCCAUCACAGCUUUUGUUUGCACCGUGGAGAGUUUCUCAGCCCCCUCCACCAGCAAAAAGAGCAUCUGCGGCCCACAUCAACUCUUCCGGCUUAAUGCGGUCGCAUUCACUCAUUCAGCAACCCGAUCGGCUGUUUAGGUGGCACCCAAAAGAGUUUCAGGGCUACCAAAAAAAAAAUCGCCGACUGCAUGUGUGGGCCGAGCUUUGGUUCUUCGCGCAGCUGAAGAAACUCGUGUUUGACAUCCUCAAAUCUCCACCAACAUCUAUAAUGAGCCGAAGCCACGUCAUAUCGUGGAUAUAUCUGAAGACCCGAAGAACCUUUAUCAAAGCUUGA